AUGACGGAUUCCGUGGUGGUGGAGGGUCACGUCAAGUUGAGAGACGGAAAAAAGGUCCCCGCUCCCGGCGCCCCUUCGGCCCGCGGGGGUCCCCGACCGCCGCCCCUUGCCCGGAGGGGAGAGAGCCCGCUCUCCCCUGCGCGGCCCCGGCUAACCCUGUCCCUUUGCCUCUCGUUGCAGUGGAAGAGCAGGUGGCUGGUGCUGCGCAAGCCCUCCCCGGUGGCAGACUGUUUGCUCAUGCUGGUGUACAAAGAUAAAUCUGAACGAGCAAAAGGGCAUAAGGAGAGGAGCAGCAUGACCUUAGAAGACAUCUGUGGCUUGGAUCCUGGGCUCUGCUAUGAGGGCCUGAAUCACACGCUCGCAAUCAUCUGUCUGUCCCAAGUGGUGAUGCUGGGAUUCGAGAACAAGGAAACGAUGUACGCGUGGGAUGUGCGAAUACGCUACAGUCUGGGGGAAGUUCAUAGAUUUCAAGUCUUUGUAGCCCCGGGCACAAAACUGGAGAGUGGGCCUGCUACCCUGCAUUUCUGCAAUGACAUCCUUGUCCUGGUGAAAGACCUUCCUCCCAGUGUCAUGGGGCAAUGGAAGCUCUCGGAUCUGCGUCGCUACGGGGCUAUCCCGAACGGAUUCAUCUUUGAAGGGGGCACCAGGUGCGGCUUCUGGGCUGGUGUUUUUUUCCUCUCUUGUGCUGAAGGGGAGCAGAUCAGCUUUCUGUUCGACUGCAUCGUCCGCGGCAUCUCCCCGACCAAAGGCCCCUUUGGUGUGCGUCCAGUGCUCCCAGAUCCAAGUACAAACCCAGCCUAUUCAGAAGAAAGAUUGGCUCAUGAAGCUUUACAGUUAGAAAAGCGCUUGAGCUUGUUGUCUCAUACAAGUCGUCAAGGUAGUGGAGGAGAUGACAGGAGUAUUUCAAGCUCGUCUUCGGAUACCAGCCACUCGGAUGUCAGUGUUGGGAGCAGGCUGACAGUGUGGCCUGAGCAAUCUUCAGCCAGCACCUCUCAGGAGAGCCAUGGGCUGGCAGCUGCAAAGGGCAUUCACCUGGGAGAAGAGAAGUCCCUUCCAGAGGGGGCACGUGGCACCACUAAACCCCCUCCGAAGCCCCUCCGAUCCAGACAGCUGCAGGAAAUCGGUCGUCAGAGCUCUUCUGACAGUGGCAUAGCUACUGGUAGUCACUCUUCCUACUCUGGGAGCUUCUCUUCCUAUGCUGGGAGCUUAGACAUUUGCCAUGGUGAUGAGUUUGGAUCAUUGCUAAGCUUGCCAUUGAACUUUCCUUCAGAUCAGAGUCUAUGUACUUGUCCUCACAGUGAGUCCCAGAGAGGUGUGGGAUCAGAGUAUCAGGUUCCCAGCUCUCUCAGACACGUUUAUGAUAUACCCAGGAGUGUGUUACAGGCAGCUUCUAAAGAAGUGCAGCUGAAGAGUGCAGAUUCCACACUACCCAAGGACCAGGCCCUGCCAGCUCAAGGUGCCAGUGACCCAAGACUGCUACUACCACACUUGGAAGCAAGAAGGGGACCUGAGCACAGCCAGCACAGAGGGAGGCCUUCAUCCUUACUCACAGAAAGCAGCAAGGACUCAAGUGAUGAGACAUAUGUGGAUUUUGUUUCAAGGUGGUCAGACACAAAACCACAAGGACAGGUGUCAGACUCCAAAAGUAGUGAGCUGUCACCACCUGGUGGGGCCUCAGCUGACCCCUGUGACACAUGUAGCCCCCACCUUGGGAUGACAAGAGCUCUUUUUUCAUCUUGUCCAAUCUGUGGUGGACUAAAGGGAACAGCAGUAUUGCAGUCUGGAGUCUUACCAGCUAUAUCAGGUGGUGCUUCUGUCAUGGCAGCUUCUGGGUCUUUGAAAGUGCACAGAGGGCAGAGUCUCCAAGCUGGUCCUAAAGGUGGGUAUGAGAUGCUAACACUUCCUUCAGAACCUGGAACUCCAACUAGUUCUGAGGAACCUGAAGGGGCUGUGGGUUAUUCAGCUGAUGUCCCUACACCAGAUCGACCCCACAGUGAGACAGCCACUUAUGUUAAUAUUCCUGUCAGCCCUACUUCCAAAAAACAGCUUCACUACAUGGAACUGGAACUUCAAGAAUCUAGCACAAGCAUAAGAGGGAGUGGAUCGUCCCGAUAUGCCCAGAUUGACAUUGCAGCCACCGAGACCGCGCACAAGGUGGGGACGCAGCACGCGCAGUGCCGCGAGGAACGCCUGCAGGAGCUGGAGCAGAAGAAGAAAGGAGCUCAGCAGUGACCUGUCUAGGAAAGAAUUUUGUGCUCACCACAAAUGCAUACUAAUUCAUCUUCCAAAAUAUCCACAUUUAUUGUAAAAAAGCACUCACAGAAAUCGCUGCCAAUGCUUCUUGCAGUUGUACGAGAUUCAUUCCGAUAUCUUGAUUCCUAAUUGGAGAGCUGGUAGCACGAGGGGUGUGUUUGGUCUUUCCUUUUAUUUUAAUUUGGUUGUAAAGUCCAGAUUUUUUGUCAUAUGCAAUGACAGAUGUAAGUUACCUUUUUCUAUAAUUCUAAAAUCAUGAAGAACCUGGAACCAAUUUCAGUGUUUAUUAAAAGGUGGCAUUUUCUUUGAAAAUAAAGACCUUGAAUGUGUGUAGAUAAGGGAAUGUGAGUGUGUGUGUGGUAAGUGUACACAUAUGUUUGCAUAUGUCUAUAUGUAAACAUUACUGGUAAAAUAUAUGUAUAUAUCUGAGUGUAUAAAAUAUGUAAAACCUCUAUUAAUAUAUUAAUGGACUCUUAUAAAAGCAAGGAAGUUCAGUGCCUGCUCUUUUUGCAGGUUCAGUUUUGUUCAAUUUAUGUGCUUAUUUAUGGACAUGCUGAACUAUACCUAUGGAUAAUUCAGUUUUAUACCUCA